UGUGAGACAUUUGGAUGCGACUUACUCUUUCGAAGCGUUGGAGAAUAGCUUUUGCUUCAGCUUUUGUUCAUGGAAUUCACUUGACAGUUAUUUAUAUCGCUCCCAGUUUAUUAUUAUCACCGGAGAGAAAACAGCUUCAUAUAUCACUCUCUGAGGCUACAGUACCUCUUAAUAUUUACAAGUUGUGCAACAUCUUGUGCCUUCCUUUUGCUGGACUGGCCGUUGAUUAUCUAGGCAUUCGUCGAUGUCUUUUGGUUGGUUUGUUGUUGGGUUUGCUAGGGGGAAUAUUAUAUGUGGUUUCUCCUGCCGUUUGGUUGUACAUCGCCUUAAGUAUAUUAUUUGCUCUCUCUUUCAUGUUGUCGGGAACCAACGUGGUCAUCGUACUGACUUCCAGUUGGUUUUCUAAAAGUAGAGGGUUGGCCGUUGGAUUGGUCCUUGCUGGAUAUAGUUGUGCAGCUUCGAUAGCUCCUAUUGUAUUGGGUUACUUGGUCAAGUUAUGGAAAUAUCGAUUGGCGUACUUGUCCAUAUUGAUAGUAUAUUCUAUUUUUGUGUUACCUGUUGCUUACAAAGUACUUGAAGAGAAGAAAUGGGUAAAAAACUAUGUCGAGUCGCUUCCUGAAGAGCAUCUACAACGUGUGGAUAUGGAGGAGUUUUCAAGACAAGAUUCUCCUGUUCCUCCUAGAGAGAUGAGUUCGUUAUCGGAACAAGUCAAGUUGUCAGCGCGCAAUAAUCCUUCUAUUCAUGAGAGUCGUUUGUGUUUAUCUUCAGUAGAAAACACAAGCCCAUUUUGGAGUAGAAGUUACUUGAGACAAGUGCUACGAGAGACUGUUUUUUCAAGUCGUUUUAUGGCUUUGGCUAUUCUUUAUUUUACUUUACAGUUUGCGCUAGGUUUUGUUUAUGAACAUUUUGUAAUCUUUUUAGAAGAAGACAAUCACAUGAGAUAUGAAAGAGCUACUGUUUAUUUUGCUAUUUUGAAUACUUGUGCACUUUUGAGUAAGGUAUUGGGUGGUUAUGUUGCAGACCGUACUUGUCGUUAUAGAACCUUGCUAGAAGCGUGAAAGGGCCACAUGUUUUGUUUUUUCAUCCAGCAUCCAGUCACGUUCAAUUUGUGGUGUUUUGUGUAUUUUUU